GCUUCUCCUCCUCCCUCCUCGCCGCCGCACUCCUCCCUCUCUCGGGUAAGCAAGCAGAAGCCUCAGCGAUCGGCGGCGGCGGCGGCGGCGGCGGCGAGGGAGAGGCGGUGCGGCGAAGAUGGUCCACGUCAGCUUCUACCGCAACUAUGGUAAGACAUUCAAGAAACCACGGCGUCCUUAUGAGAAGGAGCGUCUUGAUGCAGAGCUGAAGCUAGUGGGUGAGUAUGGACUGAGGUGCAAGCGUGAGCUGUGGCGUGUUCAGUAUGCUCUGAGCCGUAUCCGUAACAAUGCAAGGCACCUGCUUACACUUGAUGAGAAGAAUCCACGCCGCAUCUUUGAGGGUGAGGCACUGCUUCGCCGCAUGAACCGUUAUGGGCUCCUUGCUGAUGGGCAGAACAAGCUUGAUUACGUCCUUGCCCUCACUGUGGAGAACUUCCUCGCAAGGCGUCUUCAGACUCUUGUCUUCAAGGCUGGCAUGGCCAAGUCCAUCCACCAUGCCCGUGUCCUGAUCAGGCAACGCCACAUCAGGGUUGGCAGGCAAAUCGUCAACAUCCCGUCAUUCAUGGUGAGGGUUGAGUCUGAGAAGCACAUCGACUUCUCACUGACAAGUCCAUUCGGUGGAGGCCCUGCUGGUAGGGUGAAGAGGAAGAACCAGAAGAAGGCGAGUGGUGGUGGCGGUGAUGGUGAGGAAGAAGAUGAGGAAUGAGGAAAGAAGUUGCAACUAGUUCUUUCCUUGUGUAAUCAUCAUAAAACCUGUGCUGAGUGACUGAGCCCAAAGUUCUGCAGCUUGCUGCCUGCCUUCUAGGGUUUCAUAAUUUCAGCAGGCUGUCCUUCAGAUGAUGGUUUAUGUUAUUUGCAUCAUGUUAGGUAGCUCAAAUUAAAGAUAUGUCUGGAGAUGUUUAAUUUUGUGUGGUGUUUAUAUGCUUUUGCCUUAGUUACAGACCUAUGGUUAAUGCUGUUUUAUGGAUUAAUCUCAGGGUAAUCCUCACUCGCACCAAUGUGUUUGAACUAGU